CAUUGGUCAGCCUCCGCUCGGUGUUUAUUUCCGGAAGUGAGUGAGUUGUCAGUGACAGACUUUCCAGACAACCAAAGCGUUAAUCUGUGGCGGCGCAUUGACAGCCUUCCCUCUGUAGGUGUGAUCCUGUCCCCAGAAUGGCCCACUGGUUUCACAGAAACCCUCUGAAGGCAACGGCGCCGGUGUCCUUUAACUUCUACGGUGUGGCAGGAAGCCCAGCGGCCAACAAGAUCUGCAAUGACCUGAGGACUACCAGAGCGAGGCUGCUGGAGAUGUUCACCGAUUCCACCUGCACCCCAGAGACCAUGAAGAACGCCUCGGAUGCAUACUUCUCUCUGCUGCAAGGCUUCAUCACGUCCCUGGAUGGAACCACACAGGAGAACAAGAUGAGGUUCAUCCAGAACUUCAAGUGGACCGACACCUUACAAGGAAACAUGGCAAGUGCCCAGCAGGACGCUGUCUUUGAACUGGCCUCUAUGGCCUUCAACGUAGCCAUCUGGUACACCAAGUUCGCCUCAAGACUCACCGGGAAGGAAAACAUAACAGAGCCUGAAGCCAAGGAUGUUCACAAGAGCCUGAAGGUCGCUGCUGGAAUAUUCAAAACUCUCAAGGAGGUCCACAUUCCUCGCCUCAUCACCCCCGCUGAAAAGGGCAGAGACUUGGAGCCCAGAGUCAUUGAUGCGUAUAUCAUCCAGUGCCAAGCUGAGGCACAAGAAGUGACGAUUGCCAGAGCCAUCGAGCUGAAGCACAACGCCUCACUGAUUGCAGCUUUGUCUUUUGAAACGGCCAACUUCUAUCAGAAAGCAGACCACACACUGAACACCCUGGAGCCAGAGUACAGCAGCAAGUGGAGGAAGUACCUGCAGCUGAAGCAGUACUUUUACAUGGCUUAUGCGUUCUGCUACCACGGCCAGACUCUGCUGGCCAGCGACAAAUGUGGAGAGGCUAUAAGAUCCCUACAGGAGGCCGAAAAAUGCUACUCCCGCGCGGAGGCGCUCUGUAAAGAGUACCGUCAGACCAAAGGCCCCGGCACCACGGCCAAGCCGUCGGAGCAGCUGUUCUUCCUCAAGCUGGGCGCCCUCAUUAAAAGCACGCUGGAGAAGUGCCAGAGAGAGAACGGCUUCAUAUACUUCCAUAAAAUCCCCGCAGAGCCUCCCCAGCUGGAGCUGAAGGCCAGCUACGGCCUGGCCGAGCCGGUCCCCUUUGAGCUGCCGCCUCUCAGCGAGCAGUGCACUGCUGAGGUCUACGCCACCUUCGACCUGACCAAGGGAGCCAAGAAUGACAAGGCCAAACCCAAGGAGGAGGAGGUUAAGCCGAUGAAGGAGCCUGAUCUGAAGCCCCAGAAGGACACAGGCUGCGUCGUCUCCUAAACCCUCCAUCUUUGACAGCCCCGCGCUGAAGUAUCAGCCUUUAUAAAGACAGCAUCUGUUUAUCUUCCUCCAUAGGAGACUUUUAUUUCUCUGUUAAUCCAUGGUGUUUUACAUACAUGCUGAAACGUGUACAUUAUAUUUGGAGAUGAUCCACUACCAUGACAAUCUAAGGUCUGUCUGCUACUCGUGGUGAACCAGGCAGGCCAUAAAUCCACUCCCACCUAAAAAAAAACCAUCCCAUAUCAUCUGAUUCUUUCUUAUCUACUGGGGUUAUAGUUUAUUGUUUAGAUUUGAACAAAUCUAACCAGAUAGUUGUUUUCAAACUACUGCAGCACUUCACACUGUCCACAGCAGUUAAUUCUCUAAACCAGAUAAAAUCCAAACAUGAGUGGAAAAACAUCCCUGGUCCUGGUUACUACAGAGCAGCUGAGCGUUAAGAUGGAAACACAACCGAAGCUGAUGCCUUCUGUUCAGUAACCAGUAUAAUAAUGAAAAGAAUCCAGAAUUUCAAUCUUAAGGAAAGCACUUAUUGCACUGCAGACAGCGUAUGUAUGGAACAUUAAGCACUACACAUGUAGCUCAUCCUGAAGAAAAACAAUCCUCAGCACCACCUGAUCACAGUCAGACUAUAUGAGCUGGCUGUUUCCUUUCCAAUCCGCAACAAUCAUUUAUAAUAAUAGGAAAUCCAGACAUGCAGUGGACAGACGCUGGACUGUGUUGGUGGCUGAUCUGAUUUUGUUUUUUAGCCGUUUACAAUCUGUUUGUAUUAGAUCUCUUUUUCUAUUUGACAUGAAAUGGUUGUUUUCUACAUGUUCUUUUCCUUAAAGGACAAAUUAUUAUUAUUGCUGGAUUGUUAUUGGUAUCAUUUUGCAGUGAUGACACAACUCUGACAAAGUGUCUGUUUAGGAUCCUUCGUUUGUUUUGCUUCUGUGUUGAUUGUAAUAAUAAGAACCCAUUCAGGUAGCGUUAAACCGUUAAUCCCCGACAUUUUCUGUCCAACUGAGCUUAAAAUUGUGAACUUUUUGUCAUAAGAUGACCCCUCCCCCGCCUGUUGAUACACACUGCUGGCCAGCUGACUGAAAGGAGGCUACUACUGUUUCCCUUCACUUAGGAAAAAAAAGAAAUUUGCUUUUUAGAAAUGCACUCCCAGCGUCUCCUGUAAAAGCUGAUCAUGUCUGCCUCCUGCAUGAAGCGCGCUACUACUAAAUGAUUUAUUAUACAAUUUUCCUCACGUCUCUGUAUUUAAAUACUAAUAUAUGCUGCUGGUAACAUAAAUAAGACUUUAAAUGCAGGAAUUCUUUAGAAUCAGUAAAAUUUUUCCUUUUUAAAUAUAUAUAUUUUUUUAAAUCAGUGAUUAUGUUGGGUUUUUGUUUGACAUUAGGUUUCUAAAUGUACCAUAAAAGCAUGCCUGAAGAGGGAAACCUUAAAGUAAAAGAUACUGUAAGAUUCAGUGUUUUGUUUUCUGUUAUUGUUCUUAGAUCAUCCCACUUUUCCCGGAGUCACUCCAGCUGUCUGAUCUCUGCAUCUUUGGCUCCGGUUCCAGUGGAUUUUAGCUCCUGGAAGCUUGUAUAGGCUGUAUCAUUCUGCUUACAUGCACUAAUUUAACCCACCUGUAUACCUGCUGACCUAAGUUAGACUCAAAGUUAAGCUCUGACUCCCUCCCUGAUGUUUUCAUGGCACAUUGUAACAUCUCUGCACUUUAUCCAGCAGGUUUUAAAGUCGCGCUGGUUUAUAGACUGAUGUAGUUUUCGCACCGGGAGCGCUUGAUUCGCUUUAUGAGGCUGUGGGGUCGGUCGGCCCUCAGUGCUAAUCGAUUCUCUAUGAGGGUGCUGCACCAGAGCUGCAGUGUAAACUCCUCCCUCCUCCUCUUCCUCUGCUGUGGUGUCCUUCAUGUAAAUGUUACUCAUAUGGUAUUAAAU